AGUUCCCUAGUGCAACAAAACCUCGUCCUGCCCCUCCCGCCAUCAUCCAACACAUUCUUAUCAUUCGCUAGUGUUUCCAGUAAAUAAUUUGUCAGCGAAAUUUAAAAUCAAACUUCAGUUGAAUUAUUCGCUUCAAGUACUAUCAAUAAAAUAAAUGUAUCAAUUGAAAAAGUUCCUAGAAUAGCUACCAAAAUGUUCGUAAACGAUCCGAACGAUAAUUUGGAAUCAGAUGAAGCAACGAACUACUUCGAUUACCUUCCUUAUGAGCUCAUCGUAAAAAUCUUCUCCUACUUAACGUGUAAAGAACUAAAACGUGCCAAGCUCGUAUGUUCAAGAUGGUGUAAAAUCAGCGAAGAUAUUUCGUUAAUAAAACUAAAAGAUCGAAAAUUUGUGUUCAGAGGCUCAAUAUACGACAACCUUUUCACCGUAAUGUUCGAUACGUUUCCAAACACCGCAUCAUAUUACAAUUUCGAAUUUAAGGAAACAACUUUGAAUGAUGAAUUCGAAACAUGUAUACAAUCAUAUGUCGAUAAAAUUCACUCGUUGUGUUUCGUCGAUUGUAAAUUUUCAUCGAAAACGAUCGAAAAACUAAUGCUAAACUGCGUGAAUCUGGAAAAAUUGUGUUUUAGAAAUUGCGAGUGUUAUACCGACGAUUUUGAAAUCAUGGAUAACAUGGAACCAGAUAAAAUAAUGAGACCGAAAUUAGAAUAUUUGGAAUUUUCGAGCUGUCAUUGGAUGUCCGAUUAUAUAUUCAAUCUAUUCAUUAGCGUUUAUCCUUACGUAAAGAAAAUAGUUUUCGACGACGUUCGCAUGAAUUGUGAUUAUCGGGUAUUUCGAAGGUUUUAUCCUUAUAAUCAAAGCAUGGAUGAAUUUGCAUCGGAUUCUGUUGUGACAUAUUUUGCAUUCUAUAAAAAUAUCAGCCAUAAAUGUAAACAAAUUGAAAAAAUAACUUUGAAAAGUCCUCUCGCGAUGUGUGGUCCUGCCGAUCAAUAUCUUAUAGAAUUCGCAUCUACUCCUAAUAUAAGACUGAAAAAGUUCAAAUUGAUACAGUGUGAUCGACCAAAUUCAUUCGAUACGUUCAAAACGUUCAUUACUCAUCAGAUGAAUUUGACUUCUGUGGAAUUCGACUGGCAAAUGUGCAGUUUUGACAAUUUCAAAUUUUUACUCAGUCAUAUUCCUAAUCUAGAAUCUUUAGCACUUCAUUUUAAUAACCAAACGAUUCCUAAAGAUGAAUUCAUUAGAAUUUUAUCCAAGUCCUCUUUGAAAAAAUUCAAGUGUUAUUUUUCGUGGUAUAAAUUCACAACCGACGGUAGUAUCGACUCUGAAAAUUUGCCAGCGAAUGGGAAACUGCGACAUUUACACUUUUCAUUGAUGGAUAUCACCACGGCGCUCAUCCCCGGCGAUAUAGUCAUCAAGUUACUCAGUGUAUUUAAUAAUUUGGAAUAUUUAUACCUUCAUUUUAAGAAUUUUAGUAAAGAACAUGAAUCAAGGAUUCCUGAGCUCAUUUUUCAAAAACAGAUCAAUUUGAGAACUUUAAUUUUAAAUGACUGUCUAUGGAUUAAUAAUCUUGCCUUUGAACACGUGAAGUUACCACAUUUGAAACAUUUAGAAUUGAACAACUGUGAUAUAAAUGGAAAAGCGAUCGCCAAAUUUGAAUUUCCACAACUGAAAGUAUUGCGAAUUAACGGCUGUAAACCUACAGAAUGCGAUUUGGAUUGGUUGCCACAAAAUACUCCAUUAUUGGAAAAAUUGCGAAUGAGUGAUUUAAUAUUCGAGGAUGGAUUGGAAAAUCUCUGUCGAGAAUUAAAAUUUCUUGAACAUCUUGUCUUAGACUUAUGCCACAUUGAUCGCCCAAAGACCAUUUUCAAGUGCUGUCCAUCUUUACGAUACUUAAAAAUGAAAUCGUAUGAUUUUUUGUUCAAUUAUUUUAGCAAAGAAAUUAUCAUGCGAGAUUUAAGUAACGGAGAACCUCGUAUAGUGCCUUGGCAGUCUGAUGUUAUUACUGAUAGAAAUCCGAAUGCACAUUUACCAAUAACGUUAUUUGUUGAUCCUUAACUCUUUUAAGUACAAUACAAUGCAAUCGUAACAUGUUCCGAAUGCCUAAUUACUUUUGUAGUUUUUUGUGUUGGAAAAAAAUCAUUUUCGUAUC